UGUUUUCACCCAGUGACAGAACAAUGGCGGUAAGUGUUACUGUUUUCACCCAGUGACACAACAAUGGCGGUAAGUGUUAAUGUUAUCACCAUGUGACAGAACAAUGGCGGUAAGUGUUACUGUUUUCACCCAGUGACACAACAAUGGCGGAUUCUCAAGUUGUGGACUUAAACGUUGGUGGUCGACAUCUGACAACCUCCCUGUCUACCCUCACCAAGUACCCGGACUCCAUGUUGGCCACCAUGUUUAGUGGAAGGCAUCCGGUAGCCAAGGACAAAGAUGGCCGCUACUUCAUAGAUGUAGAUGGGGAUGUGUUUGUUCAUAUCCUCAACUUUCUGAGAUUCGGGAAAAUGCCUCCACCCGAAAGAGCAUCACAGGUUAAUGAAUAUGCGGAGUACUUUGGAUUAGAGGAACUGAGGGCACCUGUCCUCGAAGACUUUGAACAAGUGCUUUACGGAAUAUGGAAAAAGAAGCUACCUGGCUACCAAGGUCUUUUGGAUUGUGUGAAAAGUAAAUUGAACAAUAUUAACACAAGUUACUUUUACAUUCAAACAAGAAGUUCUAAUUGUGAUCACUUAGGGAUUACAGAAACAGGGUUCCCACGCAAUUAUGACACCAUUGGUUUAGAAUUCGACCCAAACCCAUCUAUCUUUUUCAAUCUUCUUGCAGUCGACCUGAAAAGACGUAAUAUCUUCACCGACUCUUGUCUGAGGGUAUGCCCGGUAUGUGGUCGCAAAGCAGCAAUGGGAUUCAGAAUUGGACGAUGAUCCAAAUUGUCACACAUUGAGUCGACAGAUAAUUUGAUGAAAGGAAUGUGAAUCCACCGUGGCAUGGGUGGAGAGCUCUGUUGCCUGCUGCUGUGAUUUUGAAGCGCUGGGUCAUUGGUUAAUGUUCGUCUAAUUGAUGAUCAAAUCUAGCAAGAUCUACUAGUAUUAUUACGGAACAUUUCUUUUCAAUGUAUAUAGACUCAAACUCAAACAGGAUACUAAUGCAAGACAACUGUUAACAGAGCGAUUUACGUUUUGCUGCUUCUCUAGGUUCUUAAUUUCCUUGGGAUUUCCGUGUCAGAAUAGGUCCAUGAUAUGCCAUACGUGUUGCAAGUGCCGACUAGGGUGGGUACACUGGCUGACUGUUUGCUACUUGUACCAGGGUUUUAGAUGAUGUUAAAUAGCUGAAAUAUUGCUGACUGUGGCGUAAAACAAAUCCGUUGCCAUUUUGCCGAACCAGGUGGUUUUUGUCGCUUUUAUGUAAGGCCAGGACACAAACAUUUUUAAAAUGAAAAUUGUUACUUUUGUGCGUACUUUUUGACAUAUGUACAAUGUAAAAGAAUGUUUGUGAAUAUCGUUAAUAGCUGAAUUGAUUAAAGCUUGCAGUAUACUGGGUUCCUUUUCACUCUUGACUUAUUUUGAACCCAUUGUGAGAGUGAUGAAGAGUAUUCAGAAUUCAGUGUU